AUGAAACCAACCGAGACCUCUCCAACACGAGCGUAUCAAGGCGGCAGUUCCGACGCGUGGAACUCCAAAUCUUCUAACAUCUCUGCGGUCGCUACCCCCAAAAUGACCGACUACAACAAGGACACUGUCGCGCAACUUCGACAAAUCCUCAAAGAUCGUGGGAUACCCAAACAAACCCCGCCUGCGCCGACGUCUGAGCCUCUGCCCGAGACUAUCUCGCACAUUGACAGCGACAUACCUUCUCCGAGUCGGACAGACGCGAUAGGGCAGACGGCGGAGGACACUACAAUGGCCGACGAGCCUGGUGCGCUGCAGCCUGCUGAGGUGUUCAGUGCGGCGCCAGCAGAUCCCGAGGAUGUUGUGGGGCCAAGAGUCACUGAGCCUGCAGACGAGGAAGUUGAAGACGAGGAAAAGGCGCCUGCGGAAGACGAGUUGCCAGAAGCCCCAGGGCCGGCUGCUGAAGCACUGCGAUAUGCGCAACAAGAGCGGGGACUGUCGGAGAAUGCUCUGGACACCACGACAGGAGACGAAGCGCCAGCAGCAGAUGAAAAGUCGUCGAUCGAGCAGGCCGAGGCACCUCCACUUUCUGGAGAUUUGACGACGCAGACAUCGCGGCUCGCCACGGAGGAGUUGGAGGCAGAUACCAAGAAGCGGAAGAGACGAAGCGGCUCGCCAGAUAUGCCCGUUGAAGAAAUCAAAGCAAAAAGACCCAGACCAAGCCAGGAGCCUAUCCAUCUGGUCGAGGACAAGGACGUGACUAUGGAAGAGAGGAACCCCGAGGACGAGCUGAACGUGGUUGUAGAGCCUUCAAACGAUGCUGACGAGGCUGCCACUCCCAAAGAAGACACCCGACGCGAAAAGAAAGAAAACACGUCUCGCUACAAAGACCUCGUCCAACCCACCGCCGCCACACCCCAAGACCAAGACGCAUUCGCAGACGACCGCCCCAUAGUCCCUGCUCUCCACCCCGCAACGCCCGCCCUCUACAUCCGCGACUUCAUGCGACCGCUGCGCCCCGAACCCCUCCGCGCCCACCUCAUCUCGCUCGCCUCUCCACCUUCCUCGUCGCCCACCCCAGACAUCAUCAAAGCCCUCUUCCUCGACGCAAUGAAGACACACGCCCUCGUUCACUUCACCUCGACAACCGCCGCAUCGCGCGUCCGCGCCAGUCUACACGGCAGCAUCUGGCCGCCCGAAGGCAACCGGAAAGAACUCUGGGUCGAUUUCGUGCCCGAAGAAAAAGUAGGCUCCUGGAUCGCACAAGAGGAAGACGCCCUCGUCGCCGAGAAAGAAGCCCGCGCAUCCGGCCACCCCAUCCCCGCCAAACGCUUCGAAGUCACGUACCCCGAAUCCGAUGAUGGCUCCAUCACAGCCGUCUUCCACGAACUCGGCUCAAACGCGCCGACGAAUGCCCCCCGCGGUCCGCGAGCCUCGGCGCCACAACCCCCGCCCCCCAAAGCGCCGUCGUUGGAGGCUAAACAGGAUAACCAGCACUCCUUUGCCACGCUCUCCACACUCUUUCAAACUACCACCGCAAAACCACAGCUCUACUUCCUUCCCGUGGCUGACGACGUGUCUGCCCAGCGCCUGGACGAGCUGGCGGCCGAAACGAGCCGCGACUGGACGCCCGAGGACAGACGCAAGGGGCGGGGGAUCAAGGCGGAGAUGAAGUACAAGUACAGUUUUGACGAGCGGGGGAGGAUCGUUGAGGUUGGCGAGGACCGGGGGCCGUGGAGCGCAGAUGUAAGAGGAGGUGGAGGUGGAGUAGGGUUUCGCGGACGGGGAGGGGGAAGGGGGAGAGGGAGGGGGUUGGGAUGGAGAGGGUGA